GUUCUCGUACGGGAAUGUAAUACGUAGUCCGCUAUCUAGUUGUUUUAUAUGUCUAUGGUUUUUACAUUUAAUACAUCUAAAAUAAAGAUUUACAGGAGCGAUUACUACGUGAAGAAAUAUUUGAGAAAACGCUUCAGUAUUGUCGAGCAGUGGAAGCAGCAAAGCAUAAGAGAAAAUAACUUGAACAGUCAAUGGAACCAGAUAAAGUUUGACAAAUGGAAAAUAACUCAAAAUAAUACAAAUUAUAGAAUCUGGAAGGCACACCUACAUUAAUAGGAGUAAGUAGGUGGACAUAUAACCGACCAGAAAGUAGUAUAUUAUUAGUGUAGGUGUUUUAAUCAUAAUUUGUUAUGUGUGGGCUUUCAUUGUAUUAGCAGUGUAGGAUGGACGGUGGAACAUUAAACAUCUUCAGCGCUUGUAUUGUAGCUACUAGCUAUACAUUGAUAUCACUCGGUUGAAAGGAAAAAAAGAAACUAUUUUGAAAAUGUCAGUUGAAUUCAACAAUCUUAUGGUUAGUAAUAAUGCUAAUAAAUUGGAAGUUGCCGAAUUGUCUGAAUUGAUUGAAAAUCGCCUAUAUUUCAUGGUAUUAUCUAAUCAUAAGGAUCCAACAACGCUUCAAACUUUCAAGGAUUGGAAAAAUUCGUUGAAGGACAAAGAUGUAUUUUAUUUGAAUGUUGAUGACAAUUUGGUGUAUGAUGGUUUUUAUAGUGACUUUGGUCCUUUAAAUUUAGCAAUGAUAUAUCGUUAUAUUGGUAUAGUACGAGACAAGCUUCAAGUUUAUAAAAGAGUUAUUCACUGUGCUCAUAUUGGUGAUCAAAAGAAAAGGUCAAAUGCUGCUUUUCUUAUGUGUGCAUAUUUGAUAAUUGAACAUAAUUGGACGGCAAAUCAAACAUAUAAUAUAGUAUCACAAAAAUAUAAAUAUAAAUAUUUACCAUUUAGGGAUGCAUCGUGCUUGCUGCAGUCAGAAUAUUCAGUUUCAGUAGAAGAAUGUGUUAAUGCUUUAUAUAAAGCUAAAUGGUAUGGGUUUUUUGAUAUGAGUGACUUUGAUUUGGAUGAAUAUGAAAAAUAUGAAACUGUGAAGUAUGGUGAUAUCAAUUGGAUUGUACCUGCUACUUUAUUGGCAUUUUCAUCACCACAUGCUCGAGAUUUUAUUGAUAAAUCUGGUUAUCAGAUACAUUCCCCAGCUUAUUAUUACUCGUAUUUUAAAGAAAAUAAUGUCAAGCAUGUAGUCAGAUUAAACAGUAAAAAGACUUAUGAUGCUAAAAGUACCUUUGUAGCAGUAGCUAAUAUUCAACAUACAGAUUUGGUUUUUACCGAUGGUACACCUCCUUCAGAUUCUAUACUCAAAGUUUUUCUGCGUCUCUGUGAGCAAUAUAUUGAUGAUAAUAUUGACCAUAUAAAUAAUGAAAAAAGUGAAGCAAAUGAUAUUAUUCCAAAUACAACUAUAAAUAGUGAAGAUAAUACAGCUAAAUAUAUAGGUGCUGUGGCUGUCCACUGCAAAGCUGGAUUGGGAAGAACUGGUUGUUUAGUGGCUUCAUAUAUUGUGAAGCAUUGGUCAUUUACAGCAGUUGAAGCUAUUGCAUGGACUCGUAUAUGUAGACCUGGAUCAGUAAUUGGUGCACAGCAACAAUGGCUAAUUGAUAAAGAAGAAUAUCUUACAUUACUGGGUAGACAAUGGCGAGAAAAAAGAAAAAAUGCUGUUAACAAAUAUAAACGCUUUAUUCAUGGAAUAUAUAGUGCUAAACGGCAUACUUCUAAUGCUAAUGCAUAUGAGUAUGUAGAUCCGCCUCCUCAUUCACACAUUAGUAAUGAAGAACAGUUCACCAGCAAUAGUAGUGGUAAUAGUGAAAUAUGUAAAGAAUCUGAAGAGUACAAACAAAGCAGAUUAUCUUCUGUCUUAAAAAAUAAAUUGAAGACAAAUAAUCAUGCACUUCCUGAUGUCCAAAAAGAUAUAUACGUACCAAACUUAAGACAGAAGAGAUCUGCCUCAAAAAUCGAGGACUCUAAGCCUAAAAGUACGUUUUCAGCAUUAAAAAAUAUUCGUAGAGUUACAAAUGCGUCUAUUGGAAUAAGUAUGAACAAUUUAGUGAAAAAAAAUAAUAAUACACCAACAAUGCCUACCACAAGAAGUAAUUUAAAGGCUUCAAUAAUUGGAAAAAAAAAUGCAAAACCAACAACUGUAUGUAAAAGUAGCACAAAAUCAACAAAAACUCUUACAUCAGAAACUGUUACAAAAAUUACGGACGAAACAAAACCAUCUUAUGCAUCAGCUACUGUGGCAUCAUCUGCACGUGUGUCAAGACGUCUUCGUAAUCAAAGCUGCAUUACUAAAUAAAAUUAUGAAUACAUUCAUAAUUCAGAGUGCAUGCAAUUAAUGAAUAAUGAUAAUUUUUUUAUGGAUAAAAGCAUCACAUGCAUUAAAGACUUAGUUCUUAGAAUCAUAUUAAAAUUAAUGGAUAGAUUUUCAGUAGUUUAAUCUGGAGAAUGUUGGGAAAUUUCAUCAUGAGUUUGAUAUUGAUUUACAGUGAUUGGCGCUUAUUUGAAUUAGAUAUAAAUGCAUUAUGUUAUAUUUUGCGUAGUAUUAUAAGAGUACUAAAAAAUAGACAUGAAUUAAGUUCACAUUUUUUUAUUGACUGAUAGGAAUUUUUGGAAAACGUCCCCCUAGACAAAUUCAAAUUUGAUAAAAAUAUUAUUUAUUUUUUCGCAACAAUUUUUUAUUGAAACUUGUGAAUGUAUAAUUUUUAAGAGGUCAAAUACAUUCUUUAUUUUGGAUUUAUACGAGAACGGCUUAUACUUGGACAAAUAGUAAAUCAUUAUUGGAAUGUUUAGGUUAAAUUCUUUAUAUCACAUAUCGUUUGGACGAAUUAAUUCAUAUAAUUUAGGUGAGAUUAAUAUGGAUACCUACUUAAUGUGUUUAAUACAUUGUCUAGACGAAUUUGUAUAUAUUGCAUGGCUGAAUUAUGCAUGAAAACCUAACAUGUCUAAUACAUUUUCCAUUUUUAGAGAAUGAAGUCUCUCUGUUAGUUUUAACAACUAAGUUAAAAAUAUUUCAGCAUAAUUUUUUUAAGUAUUGCUUUCAUAUGCCAUCAUUUAUUUAAAUUAUUUUGCCAAAACUUGAAAUAUUAUAAAAAGCCAAGGUACUAAUACAGGUCAUGUUCUUACCUUAAAGUUUUAUAAUAUUAUGUAUAAAGUUUGAUUAAUUUACUCUAUUAUAAAAGUUAAUAACAUAAAUUUGGUUCUGCUAAAUUAAAAUAUAUUAAUGAUAUAAGUUGGUCAAGAGCAACAAAACUAAUAGUAUGCUGAUAUUUCCUUCAAUUAAAAUUCGUUGUCUGAACUAUUAAUUUAUUUUUUGCCAAAUUAUGUAUACUUUACUCUAGUAAAUUUUGAGUUAUUCUUCCAUAUGAAUUAUGUCCGUGUAUACUACUAAAUAAUUAUCCACAAGCUACGAGAUAUGCCUACACAUUUUCAUGUACAUGCCAUUAUUGAUUUUAUUAUGUACAAUAAUAUAUUCUUAGUCAGCGUUUCUUAAACUUUUUUAUCCGUGAAACUCUUUGAUAUCUUUUAUCGUGGAACCCUUACUUUUAUUUUUAGCUUUUUAGUUUUUUUAGGAUUAUUUUCAAUAAAAAUUGUAAUUAUUACAUUUAAUAACAACGUAUUAAAGAUACUUGA